AUGAAGAGAAAGCAUCCGGAGUAUGAGCAGAGACGGGCGACGAAAAGGUCCCUGCGUGAGCCGAUCGUCUCUAGACCAGGCAGUGACGCGCGGAGACCGCAACGACAUGAUGUCUACCUGUCUUCUGAAUCGUCGCCAGACAGUCAAGAUGGCUUUCACCUGCAGAAUUCGGGUGAUGAGGGUGAGCUAGAGGUGGAUGGUGGAAUUUGGAAUACGCCGUUGCCGCAGACGCAGCAUCCACUCUUCCAUGGCCACGACGCAGGAAGCCCAACUAACCGCCCAGCCACAGCUGAAGUACAUAGGGAACAAGUUGUAACAGGUCCAUCCGUCCAAGGGCCCUCAAUAAACGAGUCAGAUUGUAUGGGCCGUAUGGUGCGAGAUGCGAUAGAACUAGAACGGAACCUGCUCCUGGGAACGUCGUUUCUGAAGCCGACCUACGAACUUGACGACCAGUUGCAAUCUGCCAUUAUACCACAGCCUUCUUCAUUUGACACAAAUAUCCCCGGCGCCCAGUUUAGCCAAGGCAGCCCUGAUACAUUUCCAUCGAAUUACCAGUUCGAUUGGUCCCCAUCACAUUCGCAAAUUACACGCGGCUGUGACCUCUUCUUCAAACAUAUUUCGCACUUUCUCCCAUUUCUGCACCAACCAACAUUCGACGCCACACAUAUCCCUCUACACCUACUCCUCAGUAUUCUUUCCCUCGGCUAUCAGCACGGCGAAGACCCAGAGUCUGGCGAUCAAGCCGGCUCAGGCGCAAACCUAUCCGUCCGUUGCUUCCACCACGCCCGUGCUCUCACCACCGCUGAGGAAAGCAGAACCGAUACCCCAAAGCAGAAUACCACCCUCAUCCAAUCAUAUCUGCUCCUCCAAAUAUGCGCCAUGAUGUACCUCUGCGGCGACUCAUCAUCAUCCGGCCUCAAGAUGCACUCCAACAUGAUAUCCCUCGCGCGAGCAGGAGGUCUCAUGCAGCCCAUGCCCACCGCAACCUCCACGACCGAAGAUCUAGAGGCGCUCUGGCAUGAAUUCAUCAAAGCCGAGUCACACAAGCGAACCUCCUUCGCCGUGCACCAGAUCGACGCACUAUGGUACCAAUUCCUAUCCAUCCCGCGCUCCAUCUCGCAUCUAGAAGUGAAACACGACCUCCCCUGCCCCGAAGCACAAUGGAUCGCACCCUCCGCUGCCGAAUGGGCGCACCGCCAUCUCGUCGCCAGGAACCCCGGACCCGCAGUCCCAUACCCUGACGCAGUGCGCCGGUUCCUGUCCUCCGACGCGCGUCCAGACUCCAUCCCGCCAUUCGACCCCUACGGGGCCAUCAACAUCGCCCAGUUCCUCAUCUCUAGCGCGCGUGAGGUCUCCGGCUGGUCCACCAUGACCGGCAUGCUGAGCAUGGACCGCCUCGACGCCCUGCGCUCGUCGCUCCUCGCCCUGGGCCCGUUUAUCCGGCCGCAGCCCGAGACCGCCAAGGCAAUGCACGCCAUCGCAACAUGGGAGACCGCCAUGAUCGAGCUGCAUCUGUGGUCGCCGGCGCACACGGGCGGCAUCGUGGCGGCCAGUCUGGAUGCCGUGGUGAGCCAGUCGACCUCGCUCGCGCCGUCGUAUGAGUUCCUGUGGGAGGCUGACACGGCGAAAGCCAUCCAGCCGCACGUCGACUGGUUCCUGCGCUAUCUGGAUACCACGCGCGAGCCGGACAGCGAGGCGCCGUGGGUGGCCGUGUAUGCGUACAAGGCGUUUUUGAUUGCGUGGCAGCUUGUGCGUGGCGGCAUCCCGAAUGCGAUGCGCGUUGUUGGCAUCGCGGAUGGGGAUGUGGAGGGGGCGCUGGGGUGGGCGAAGGAAGUCUUUCGCCGGAGAGAGAGGUGGAUGCUGGGUAGGCUUGUGUUGUCUUGCUUGGAGGGGUUGGGGAGUUGA